AUGGUGGCCUUUGCGGUCGUCAUUUCGGUAAUGAUGGUAGUCACCGGAUCGCUAAAUACCAUUUGUGCUAAAUGGGCCGACAGCAUCAAGGCUGAGGGGGUUCCAUUUAACCAUCCGUUUCUUCAGGCGACAUGUAUGUUCUUUGGAGAGUUUCUGUGCCUGGUAGUGUUCUUUCUCAUAUUUAUGUACAAAAAACAUCAAUGGAAUCGCUCAAAUGUGCAAGGUGAGCAUGGCAGCGUGACCGAUAUUACUUCUGAUGAGGAGCCUACGUUGCCUCCGUUUAAUCCCUUCUUAUUUUUCCCUCCUGCGCUAUGCGAUAUUCUCGGAACUUCAAUCAUGUAUAUUGGUCUCAACUUGACGACUGCUUCAAGCUUCCAAAUGCUCCGCGGUGCAGUAAUCAUCUUCACAGGUUUGCUAUCUGUGGGAAUGCUUAAUGCUACCAUCAAACCGUUCAAAUGGUUCGGAAUGCUUUUCGUUAUGACCGGCUUGGUUGUUGUCGGUGUCACCGACAUUUAUUACGAUGAUAAUCCGCUUGACGAUAAGAAUGCGAUUAUUACUGGAAACUUGUUGAUUGUUAUGGCUCAGAUUAUUGUUGCAAUUCAAAUGGUCUACGAACAGAAGUAUUUGACCAAGUAUGAUGUUCCUGCCCUGUUUGCUGUUGGACUGGAGGGUCUUUUUGGAAUGGUUACAUUGUCAAUUUUGAUGGUACCCUUCUAUUAUAUCCAUGUGCCCAGAACAUUUUCUACAAAUCCAGAAGGACGUUUGGAGGAUGUAUUUUACGCAUGGCAAGAAAUUAAAGAAGAACCAAUGAUCGCAUUGGCUCUUUCUGGAACCGUUGUUAGCAUUGCAUUUUUCAACUUUGCCGGAGUUUCUGUUACCAAAGAACUGUCCGCAACUACCAGAAUGGUUCUCGAUUCUAUCAGAACACUUGUCAUCUGGGCGGUGUCGAUUCCACUAUUCGGAGAGCAGUUCAUUGCUAUUCAGCUCAUUGGUUUUGGUCUUCUUAUUCUCGGAACACUUAUAUAUAACGAUGUUCUCGUUGGUCCAUGGUUCAGAAGAAAUAUCUUGCCGAAUUUGGAAGGAAGUCAUUCGUGCGCUCGUUUCUGGCUCUGCAUUUGUGGUGGAGACGCCGAGCUCAUCCAAUACCAGGAUGAUCAGGAGCAUCUCAUUGAGUCAUGA